CGGCAUCACCAGCCCACUCCGCGACAUCACCAAACCUUCCUUGGUUAAAUCCUAGUUCAACAUCCUCAUAUUCUUCUUCACCUAUGAUCUAGAACCACGCUCAUUCUCAUGACUGCCUUUGAUCCUUGAGUAUUCAUCUCGUUGCUCUCUUGUCUGGUCUGGGGUUACGUCCUGCAGUUCCGCCCUACUUCCACCUCAUAAUGGUCCACCAACCAUAUCUCUAUGGGCCGACCAACAGCAGCUUCGACCUCCCGUCAAAACCGUUCGACCCCAAAGCCGUGACAAGAGCGAGCUAUGUGUCUGCUCCUCCCCCAAAACCGAAGCAAGAUGGGCCGUUGAUCAACUUCAACAAACAUCCCGAUAGCUACCUCAUUCUCCCCUACGGCCAGACCAAUGCGAAGACGAUGGACCCGAGGACAAAAUCUUUGGUCAAAUACACACGAUGGACACAGCUGUUCCUCCGCACCUUACAGAUUUUUGCAGUUAUUGGCAUGCUGGUUCUUGUCAUUUGUAUCAAGAAUACAAGUGUCGAAGAGUCGUGGAUCCUCCGAGUGCCGGUUGCGGUUGACGUCGUAGUAACUUUGUAUGCGAUCUAUCACUUGUGUCGCGCCGCCAAAGACCGCACCCCUGGUAGCUCGGCGAGUUACCAUUUCUUUGCCUUGGUCAUGGAUACGGGAUUGAUCCCAUUCUACGUUUAUAUCAUGAUCGCCUCAAAGAAUAACCUCGACAAAGAUGAGAAGGACAAAACACGCUGGGAGACGCUCCUGUCUGGCACCAUUACCGCAAAGGAUGUCAUGACUUAUACAUGGUAUGCGGCUAUAGUCAACGCCAGCAUUCAUGGUGCCUCCGAUGUGCUUGAUCUGAUUCUUCUCCUUGUCUUCCGACGUAUCACACGACUACCGCCAGACAUGAAUCCGCUCGAGGACAACCUUACCUCCAGGAAAAGCAAGCACAAAUACAAGAACUCGGAGUUGACGGUGUCGUCAGCAACUAUGUCGGAGAAGCGGGCCAGCAACAUGUCCAGUGUCACGCUCGAUGGCUCCCCCACACGUCGCCCGCACCCCUCCGCGCGUGACUCCUUGCUGUCGGAGGAUUCCAAGGGCCUGGGUGUCUCAUUCAUGUCGACUCGACAGGGAGAUUCAGAAUCGAUCAGAUUUUCCGCUCACAACCCGCGUACAUUGUCUCAGAUAAACUUUCCUCCUAACGGAGUAUACCAACCUAGAUCAUCCGUCCAUGCAUCUCACGCCGACCUGGCAUCUAACCGUGGCUCUUACAUGAAGGAGACGCAUAGCAACCCACCUUCACGACCGCUCUCCUCGCUUUCGCCUUCAAAGCGAAACACUCUCGACUCCCGUUCCGACGCUCCAUCUCCAGUGUCUAGCCUCUACAACGAGCCGAGUGGUAAUAACUGGACCGUCCAUGACUCCGAGACCCCCUACACCAUGGCCAGCAGUCCCUCCGGCUACAAAUCCCGACCGAAGUCGUGGAUCCCUUCAUCUCGCGAAAAGAGCUAUGCGCCGUUGUCCAAUCACGCCCGACAUCAAUCCGUCGACAACGACGACCCCGUGGAUGAUGUUCCUCAUCCUCGGUCUACUCAACUCGACCACACCAACCCGCUCGAACCAGACUUCAACGCACAUUGGCUGAUGCCGCAACCGCUUCGCAUGAACCCACCAACCCCGCCAUCGAAGAACUUCCGACGAUAUGGUACACCCGAUGGCGACGUUUCCGAAGGCGACGCUGGUCGUGGAUACGGUAUCUCGCCGAGCCCCACUCGCGGAGACUACAGCCGCAUCGACGAGGGCCGGGGAAGCCCGAGCCCCACGAGACUGGGCGGCACGCCGAAGCGGAAGUACUACGGAGACUUGGCGUCCGCGACCAAGGCGGUCCGGGGCGGCCAGGCGGAGAGACGGAUGGACGGAGGCGGACGGGUGGUGAGUCGCAGCGGCGUGGACGAUGGAGAUAUCGGAACGGCGGGGUAUACGUACGGACACGGGAGCGACGGGUACGCCAGCGUGGGCGGCAGCCGGAGGAGGGAAGUGAGCGGGAAGGUGGCAGAGGAGGGGAGGGGAGGGAUCCUUGGAUGGCAGACGGGUCUGGGGGGGUUGGUGAUGAGGAAGACCAGUACGGGGAACUGAGUUGGAUACAGCCGGACGGGUGUCCUUUCAGCCAGUUUACGAUGAAAUGGGCGCAGAGCUGAUGAGAAACGGUGACAUUUAGGCCUCGCUGUACCGUUGCAUCCAAGUCCGCAUCGAAGUACAGGAUUGGAUUGGUGUUUGUUUCAAAAACUGGUUCUCCCGGUGAUACACGAGGACCAUCACGGGUUUCUUGCAGAGGACGUUUAGGGAGUAACAGUUCGGCGUCUGACGGGGCAUUUGGGGCGCCAUUGUAUACAUAACAGCGGGUAUCGAUCAAACAAUGAACAUUCAAAUCGAAUAUA